AAAUGCUCUGCUGUUCGUAGCAGUUUCAAGAAGAAUCAUUCCGUUCCCUGCAUCUUCCUCCCCGACCAAAGACUGCCAAAUAAUAAGUAGCUACAUUGAUCUCGGCUAUAUAACUCGUUUGUCGUUUUUUCUUUAAGUUAUUUAAGUAAUGUAGAAUGGCGUCUGGUUUUGGGAAGAUUGUCGUUGGUACUUAUGUGGAGAUAAAGCGCAGCGAUGGACGCAUACACCAGGCGAUGGUGACCUCAUUGAAUGAGGAUAACGAGAGCGUCACAGUGGAGUGGAUAGAAAAUGGAGACACUAAAGGGAAAGAGAUUGACUUGGAGAGUAUAUUUGCACUAAAUCCAGAUGUGGCUCCAGAUGAGGAGAUUGCCCCAAGCCCAGAGACCCCACCCCCACCAACACCCACAUGUGUGAAGGUCAGCAAAAUUGCUAAGAAUCGUCGGACGAUAGCACCUACUAAAAGUGAUGCUCCAUCCAGGGAUAAUAGAGCGGUGGUUUCAACCCGGGCCAGACCCCCUCAGCCUCAGCAACCAGAGCCAGCACCGCCUCCUCCAUCCCAGCAGCCUGCCCAGCCCACCCAAGCUCAGACACAGCAGCAGCUGCAGAAUGAACCCUCAUAUCACCCGCUAUCCAGAAAGGAUCUUGGACAGCUUUCAAGGAGGAAGUCAAACUGUGUGAAGGAGGUGGAGAAACUGCAGGAGAAGAGAGAGCGGCGUCGGCUUCAGCAACAGGAGCUCAGGGAGAAGAGAGCACAGGAAGUAGACACCACCAUUCCUAACUAUGAGAUUAUGUAUAUGAUCAGAGAUUUCCGAGCCAGUCUAGACUACCGGCCUCUGACCACAGCAGAUCUGAUUGAAGAGCACAGAAUAUGUGUUUGUGUAAGAAAACGUCCACUCAACAAGAAAGAGCUGACCAUGAAGGACUUGGAUGUGAUCACCAUCCCUAGUAAGGAUGUGGUGAUGGUCCAUGAACCUAAACAGAAGGUGGACCUGACCCGCUACCUCGAGAACCAGACCUUCCGCUUUGACUAUGCCUUUGAUGACAGCACUACCAACGAGAUGGUUUAUAGGUUCACUGCCAGACCUCUGGUGGAGACCAUCUUUGAGAGGGGCAUGGCCACCUGCUUUGCCUAUGGACAAACAGGCAGUGGGAAAACACAUACUAUGGGAGGAGAUUUUUCUGGAAAGAACCAAGACUGUUCUAAAGGAAUUUACGCAUUAGCUGCUCGGGAUGUAUUUCUCAUGUUGAAGAAACCCAACUACAAGAAGUUAGAUCUACAAGUUUAUGCAACCUUCUUUGAAAUCUACAGUGGAAAGGUAUUUGACCUGCUGAAUCGUAAAGCUAAGCUGAGGGUGCUGGAGGAUGGGAAGCAACAAGUACAGGUGGUGGGCCUUCAGGAGAAAGAGGUCAAGUGUACGGAGGAUGUCCUGAAACUCAUAGAAGUGGGAAACAGCUGCCGAACAUCGGGACAGACAUCAGCCAAUGCCCACUCGUCUCGUAGCCAUGCUGUAUUCCAGAUCAUUCUUCGGAGGAAGGGGAAGAUGCACGGCAAGUUUUCCCUAAUUGACCUUGCAGGGAACGAGAGGGGAGCUGAUACGUCUAGUGCUGAUCGCCAGACUCGUCUGGAGGGAGCUGAGAUCAACAAAAGCCUGCUAGCACUCAAGGAGUGUAUCAGAGCUCUUGGCCGUAACAAGCCCCACACUCCAUUCAGAGCCAGUAAGCUCACCCAGGUCCUUCGAGACUCAUUCAUCGGGGAAAACUCCCGCACCUGCAUGAUUGCAACGAUCUCUCCUGGUAUGACUUCAUGUGAGAACACCCUCAAUACACUACGCUACGCCAACAGAGUGAAGGAGUUUGGGAUUAGUCCGUCGGACAUUCCCUUCUCCCAGGGCGGUCAGGGAAGUCGCCCUGAGCAUUCGCCCACCAAUACCUUUGAGUACGAUGACUUUGCUGCUACUUCUCCCAGCAGGGUGAAGGAGCUUACGGUGGAUCCCAAUCAGGUGAUGGAGGGGGGUCGACCCAACAUUCACACCGUCAACCAGCUGGACCUUUUAGAUGAAGAGUGGCUGAGCAGCUCACCACAGAGAGAUGAUCUCAAACUGCUCUGUGAGCAGAAUGAGGAGGAGGUGUCUCCCCAGCUCUUCACCUUCCACGAGGCCGUGUCUCAGAUGGUUGAGAUGGAGGAGCAGGUCCUGGAGGACCACCGUGCUGUUUUCCAGGAGUCAAUUCGAUGGCUAGAGGAUGAGAAGGUUCUGUUGGAGAUGACAGAGGAAGUGGAUUACGAUGUGGACUCAUAUGCCACUCAGCUGGAGCAGAUCCUAGACCAGAAGAUAGACAUCCUCACUGAGCUCCGAGAUAAAGUGAAGUCAUUCCGCUCUGCACUCCAGGAGGAGGAGCAAGCCAGUAAGCAGAUCAAUCCCAAGAGGCCACGUGCUCUUUAGAGGCUGGUAGCUAAAGAGGUUUAAGUGGCACAUACAGAAACAUAACCACUAGAUGUUUGGCACAACUCAGGCUGUCACUAGCAGCUGUGAAAACAUGAAGUAAAGGACUUUCCAAUGUACAAACAGGCUCAAGAAAUUGGCGUUUGUUAUAAUCUCAUUCUCCCAACAAAAUGGCUGUUCACUUACUCUGGUCUUGUUAGAAAACUUGCGGAGGGAAAUGAGUUUUUUUUAAUCUCCCUCCUUUUUUUUAGAUAGUUGAUUUUUCUUGUAUGGAGGAUGUUUAGUUUCUUCUCUGCCCUGUUCUGUUUUAUUUAUUUUCUUUUUAACUGUUUGUACUUUCUUUGAAUGGAGUACUUGUUGACCAGGUUUCAGAAGAGAUCCUAAAUUGGACACGCUUUAAGGUUUACCAUACACCACCAGUAUUUGAUUUCUGGUAGCUCUGGCUGACAUGUCUGCAUGUGCACUCUGUGAUAGCGUAUGUACGCCACCGCCCUCCAUUAUCAUGCUUUUGGGUUCUCACCCAAUAGGCACUGUACAAUAUAGUCAUAUGUCAUUAGGUCCAGUCUCUUCUUUCUCUCCCCACUCAGAGCUUUUACCAGUUUGGAAGAAGCCGUGAACUAAGUUGUGCUACUUCCUUUGUGAUUGGUUUCUUUCCUUGUGUCUCUGAGAAAGGGUUUCUACAUGUAGUUUGCUUCAGUUUGUGCCAUGUCAUUUUGUGUGGCAACCCUCUUAAAAUUACUUUUACUUACUGUAAAAAAAAAAAAAAAUGUUUUCCAUCCCCAUUUAACACUUUGUUAUAAAAAUAAAACUAGGAAAAAACUGCUAUUAACAAAUGUAUAGUGAAUACCACUGACCUACCAUUGGUUAUGUUGCUCAGUGUUUGCACCGGAUGUAAUGCUGGAUGAAGUAAUAAAGAUUCAUGUGUUUCAUUUGAA